CUUCUCUCUCUUGAGGUUUUUUUAAAAUUCUAUCGUUGUACGAAAUAGAACUUUUCUUGGCUUUCGUCAUUUCGUAGUUUCGUACUCAAAAGCGAAAAAUCACCGGUUUUAUUUUGAUUGUACAUAAGACGCAUAGUACAUAGUAAAGUCAUGACUAUGUAUCGAAAUCUGCUGUUUAGGUUUGCUAUUGCCUCUCGUCCAUCGUUUAUAGGAUCUCAAAAUACUUGGCCUCGUGUCAAUCCUAUGCGAUGUUUUCAUUCUUCGUUCGUUUUAGGUACCAAGCUCAGUGAGUCCUUGAAAGUGCUAUUCCAGGGAAGAAUUGAUGAAAGCAUUGCAUCUGACUUUGUGUUUAUGCGGAUGGAAGAAGAACGUAAAAACAAACUUUCGUUAUGUAAUCUUCAUCAAGCAAUCUCAAAGGCUAGGGAAAUGGGGGAUCAUGCUGUACUAAAAGUUGCAAACCCUUCGGAAAAAGUAGAGCAUCCAAUUUGCGUUUAUGCUCCAUAUGACCUGCUGGCUAAAAUGAGAGGUGAAAAAACCUCUCAAGAAAUCAAAGUACGGAAGGCGAAGCAUGAGAGCAAAACUCGUCUUCGAUACGUACUUUUGUCAUGGAGAAUUGAUAAAAACGAUUUAGAACGGAAAUUAAAAGGGGCUGAAAAAUUCCUCCAGAAUGGUCUCAUGGUGGAGAUUCACGUUCAAAAUAAACGAAACACCCCUCCGGUGUCUCCUGAACAGAAAAAAACGGUUUUAUCUACGAUUCGUUCGCGACUGGAUCCUGUUGGGAAGACUUCUAAACCUCCUCAGCUUUCCAAUCGGUCUGCUACCUUUUACUAUGAAUGUGUCGACAAGAAUUAGCAUGUAAAACUCUGUCGUUCCACGAUUGCCUUGCUUUAUGUAUAUUCUUUACCCCUAAAAUCAUUAUCUUUGUCUUAUACGAUGACUUGAUGUACGUUUUUACACCUUAUAACAAGGGCUCAACAAAAAAUACUUACUGAAAUUUCCUUCAGUUGAAAUAAUGAACCAAACGAAAAUUCCCUUUUUCCUCAUAAUUACAAGACAUGAAUACUUAAUCUUUUUGUAUUAUUCAAAACUUUCAAAUCGAACAAAUUCAUCGGCUAAACAACAGUCUAUUUCUAUGACAUGAUGGGUAGAACACUUACCUACCUGCAGUAGCAAAAAUCUCGCAGUCGUAUAUUUAGGUAGCACCUGUUAGAAUUUACAAACAACG